AUGAACUCAGUUCUUGAUAUACCACCAUCUGUCUACUCUUCCUUUUUUCGACAUUCGGGGAGGCAUCAUAACCCGAGGGAACAAAGUGAAGUUGGACUGAAAUUGAUUGAUGAAGGGCUCCCAAUACAGGCAUUUGCAAUAACAUAUUAUCUUGAGCUUUAUUGUACUGCUGCUUCUCCUACUCCCAGAAAUUUGAGAUAUCUGUCUACAGAUCCAAACAAGUCAAUAGAUGUAUUUCACAACAUCCUGCAACAUUUAUCUGGAACCACCACUUCUUUUCGCAAGUAUACAUUCAUUUUUUUUGUGGUGUUUCUGUAUCAGUUACUUGUAUUGGGUGGAAAUGGAUUCGUAGGAUCACAUGUUUGUAAGCAGGCUUUAGAUCAAGGUUUGACUGUUGCAAGCCUGAGCAGAUCUGGUAAGCCAUCCAUAAAUGAACAAUGGGUACACAAUGUAACUUGGCGUCGAGGAGAUUUGUUGUCACCAGAUUCAUUGAAGGAAGCUUUUAGCGACGCAACUGCUGUUAUUUCCUGUGUUGGAGGUUUUGGUUCUAAUUCAUUUAUGUACAAGCUUAAUGGGACUGCAAACAUAAAUGCUAUUAGAACUGCUGCAGAUCAAGGUGUGAAGAGAUUUGUUUAUAUCUCUGCCGCUGACUUUGGCAUAGUAAACUACUUGCUACAAGGAUAUUAUGAGGGAAAGAGGGCUGCUGAGACUGAGCUACUAAACAAAUAUCUAUACGGAGGUGUAAUUCUAAGGCCCGGGUUUAUUCAUGGAACUCGACGUGUUGGCAGCUUGAAGGUACCUCUUGCCGUAAUUGGUUCUCCAUUGGAAAUGGUUUUCCAAAGGGUCAAACCACUUAGCCAGAUCCCUCUUGUAGGCCCUCUUUUCACUCCACCUGUUAGCGUCAAUUCGGUGGCGAAAGUUGCAGUAAGAGCCGCUACUGAUCCUGUCUUCCCUCCUGGAAUUGUGGACGUCCAUGGAAUUCUCCGAUACAAAUAAUGUUGUCGUGUUUAUAAUAAACUUCUUACAUUAAAGAGUAUUUUUAGUGGUUCACCGCUAUGAAUGCAAUAAGAGAACUAUAAGCUAUUCGGUUUGAUCCAAUUAUAGCAUGGUGUUUAAAUGUUUAA